AUUGUAAUCUCUACUACAACGUCCACCAUAGUUUUUAUUUAAAAUAAACGCGCGAAAACAAAUUCAACAAAAAAAAUAUAACAAUUUGAAAAUGAUAAGCCUAAAAAUUACAAUCUAAAAAUAUAUUUUAUUUGAGUUUCGUAAACUGACGAAACGAUACGAAAGACAAGUGAUUUUAAAUCUUUUAAAUUAUUAAUUUUGUGGCCAUUAAUUAAUCACAUGUUCAUCAAUAAACGUGAAUAUGCAAAGACAAAAUAAAAAAGGAGAAGCAAAAAGGAAAGUUUCCCCUAACAAUGAACUCAAUUAUCGAUCAUCAAGUGAAAGCGCUAGUGACGAUGACUAUCAAUCAUGUACAGAUGAAGACAGUGUUAGAUGUUGCAAACGUGCGACAAAAAAAGUUAUUUUUGAACACUUCAGGAUUGAAACAAUUGAACCUAAUGAAAAUAAAAACGUUCAUACAGAUCAGCAUGAGGAUACAUCAAUAAAACAAAAACAUAAUUUAGAUUCUCUCCCAGAAGAUGUACAAGAAUCGAUUUGCAAUUAUUUAAAUGACAUUUCUAUAGAAGUACUCUUUUUUGUCAGUGUGCCAUAUUUAAACAUCUUAAAAGCAGCACAUGGAAUUUUAAAAAAAUUCACAUUUUUUUUGGAUUAUAAUAAUUUUGAGAAGUUUGCCUCAUUUGUAUCGUUUCGAGGCGUUCGUUUAAGGAACAUUUCAGUUGACUUUAAAGGUUUUACAAAUUUCACGAGGCUCUUGAAAUUCUUGAAUUACUUCGAAAAUUCAGUUGAAAAUCUUCAUAUUAAGAACGCAAAAUUUAAGAAUUUUAAAGAGUUUUCGCAACUUUGCAACAAUCUAAGCAGCAUAAAAACACUAAGGUUCGAAUACUGCGGCAUUGAUCAAAUUGGAAAAAAAUCACUUCCUAUAUUGUCAACAUUAAAAUUGAUUUCAUUCAACAAAUGCAAUGACAACAUCUAUGGAGCCUUUGAAAAUCAGACAACCAUAACAAAAAUCGAAGUAAGCAAUGAAGAUUGGACAUGGAAUGGAUUCCCGCAUGAUAUCUUCAAUGUCAUCUGCCAUAACUGUAAAAAUUUAGAACACAUAGUUUUGAAUGGUGCAGGAACUGGAAGUUACUUCGAUGCUGAUGAAUUCCCAUACAAAAUAACCAAGUUAGAGACAUCAAUGAUUACAUUCCAUUGGUAUGUAGGCAUUAGAACAAAACGAGUUUGUUUCCUCGAAAGUCAAAAAGGUCAUGUUAAAGAUUUAACAAUUCAUCAAUUGCCGAAUGAUUUUGACGGUGGUCGAGUUGUAAAUUAUAUUUUUGAGGAAAUGAACCUCGAGACAUUUUACUACGGAAAGAUUCCAUUGAUCCUUAAUGGAGAGAAGCAAAAUGUGCUUGAAUUUUCUGCAACAGAGAUUCAAAUAACAGCUGCAAUAGAAAUGAUUAGGCGAUUUCCAUCAAUCAUCUCGUACUGUCUAAUCUUAUCAGAAAAAGACAUUGCUAGUGAUGAAAUUGAAAAAGCAAUCAACUUAAGUAAUAAAAUAUUUCGUCAACUUAAGAAAUUCGAAGUUAUUGACAACAGCAAGUAUCGAGGUCUUUUUUGUGUAUUCUUAGGACUUUUGAAAAAUUUGAUCAACAUUGAAAUUUUGUCAUUGACGACACAAGAUCGUAAUAUUAAUGUUAUGCUUGAAGAGUCACUGCCAUUCAUGACAAACUUGAAGGAACUUUAUUUAUCUUCGAUAGCACCGAGAGGUAAAGAACGUCUAAACAUAAUAAAAGCUAAAGCUCCAUUCUUACAAAAAUUGAGUGUUGCUGAACAGUUUGUUGAAGAUGCAAAAGUUAUUUUUGAUAAUAAUAUAGAAAUUAUUGGAAUAUCUUCUAAUAUAGCCACUAGUAACUAGACUAAUGGUUCCUGAAAUGCUUAAAAAUUAUAACUCUUACUCAAUGUCUGUCAUUCCGUUCCAAAUUAUGCAAAAUUACAAAGUCUUACGUAAAAAUUUACAAUUUCAAUGACUUUUUGGGGGAUUAGGUUAGCUUAAUGCAUUGCUAGCCAAAAAUCAUGUGUAUACCUUCAAGUGGUGUCCCCUGAUACCGCUAAAUGCACCUCUGGCGACAGACUUAAAUGCCGGAAUAUGUACCUUUGUUUGUAGUUGCUUAUUGCGUUUCACUUUAUUAAAAGGUAUUGAAACUGAAAUCCUUUAAAAGCUAUUGUUUUACACAUUUUAAAUCCACAGUUAACAGAAGUAUACGAAUUACAUGCACACAAUGCACAUUUCAAAGAUAUGGGAAUGUUUUUGAAAACCCCAUAAACCUUGCAAUUAACCUAGUUUUAAGUCUUUUGAUAAAAAAAAGCAUACAGGUCCAAAAUAUAUCUAGAACUUAAAGACGGUGCUUUUAAAUUUUUUAAAGUGUGAAAUUAAUUUGGUGGAAAAAAGUGGACGACGGAAAUUUAUCACAGCAUGGCCAGUUUUGCCUGAUUUUAAAUAUUUUUUGACUCCUCUCUGCAUCUCUAGAUACAGGGGCGUAGCCAGAAAAUUUUUAAGGGGGGGGGCCCAUUUUCGAAAAUUAAAAAACCGUUAUUUUGCAUCCUUAAAUCUAUAUUCAUUCUUCAUAAGUUUAAAUAUUUAAUCAUUAUUCAUACAUUAAAUUUAAUUUUUCGUGCUGAUUUUGACAUUUCUUUCAUCACUUCCUCUACAUUAACUGGUUCUUCUCUAUAAAUACUUAAUAAAACAAUUAUCAGAUUUUCGUAGGGGGGGCCCGGGCCCCCUAUGGCCCCCCCUGGCUACGCCCCUGUCUAGAUAUUAACUAGACAUUACGCUUAUUUUAACAUUAAUUUGAAAAAAUAAUUAAAGGAAAUGAAUUAAUCCUGUAUUAAAUUUAAGUGAUAUGAAUAAAGAUUAUUAACAAUUUAAUCUCAUGCGGCCUGUUUCACUAAAGUGGAUUAUCCUCGAUAUAGAUUAUCCACUUCAGAUUUUUGUAAAUAUCUUAAACUUUAUAGGAGAUGUGGCAUUUCUAAUUUUGGAUUUUAAUAGAGUGAAGUAUGCCUGAAAUUUCUGUAUACUUUAAACUUUUGCUUUUCCUUAAG